AUGAAGGACGCGCUAAUUCUCAAGGGCGACGAGCCACUGCGUCCGGUGGAUGCGGACAGCAAACCAUCGACCGCAGCUCAUGGUGUGGCAAUGGGGCCCAACCUGAUGAUGAGCGAGCUCGGUAAAAUGGUGGAUGCGGCGGUCUCUGCGUCGCUGGUUAAGGCCACAAGCGAGGGCCGUUUCCUUGUGACUCUGCCAGACGACGUACUGCAAACCGUGGAGAAGGCUGUUAAGAAAGGCAUAGACGCGGCUGUAGCAUCGAUCCGACAAGAGAUCUCCACCGGAUUCAAAGUCCUCAAAACAGAGGUUUUGAAGCUUAUCGAGGAAAAGCUGAAUGCUUCUGGCGUGGUUGUCCCGCCUACGGAAGGCGAGAAGCGGCCGCCUCCAGUUUGCGCAGAGCCUCCAUCUGGACACGAGAGGCAGACCAAGAGAGAUGACGAGUCACCUGGGUCGUCACUGAGAGCGGCAGAACAUGUACUGUCCAAGUGGGAGUUUGGCGAAGAGGCCGAUGCUGUGCCCGAUGGCUCUGAGAAGGUCAUGGAGGCGGCGGCACCAAACGUGCCAGUGACCGGCUUGGAUGGGGGAAAACGGCCACCGAGCCCCACAAAGCAGACGGAAACAACCCCGCCGGCCAAGAUUCCGCGAGCAGCAAAUGACGCCGAUAAGCAAGGGGAACAUAAGCUGACAUUGGAUGGAGUAAUGCGCUACCUGCAAGCGAAUAUGCCUGACUGGAACGAGGAAGAAGAUGACGACCCUAUCGGGAACAUCCCGAAAGUAGACGGGGCGCAGCAGACUCAAGCAGUGCCCGAAAUUUCGGAGGAAAAGGAUGGUAAGCAUGUUGAGGUACAGGACCAUUCCAACAUCGUCCCCGACAAGUUGGGCAAAAAGUUUGGGACGGACGUCGAGAAGUGGCAUGUAGAGCUCGCGCUAGCGAAGCGAAUUCCAACUGGCGUUUGGAGCGUGAUGAACGAGCUCACGCUCGACCGCUACGACAAGUAA